GUUUAGUUUGGGUGUCUUUAGAUUUCCUUGGCUCAGUUCUCACAAUUGCUCCCUAGCUCAGAGCAGCUGAGACCACCUUGAGACAAGGAUGAUUCUAAACAAAGCUCUAAUUCUCGGGGUCUUCGCCCUGACCACUCUGAUGAGCUCCUGCGGAGGUGAAGACAUCGUGGCUGACCAUGUUGCCUCCUACGGUGUAAAUGUCUACCAGUCUUAUGGUCCCUCUGGCCAGUAUACCCAUGAAUUUGAUGGAGAUGAGCAGUUCUAUGUGGACCUGAAGAAGAAAGAGACUAUCUUUUGGCUGCCUGGGCUUAAUAAAGUCGCAGGUUUUGACCCACAAGGUGCACUGAAUAACAUAGCCAUAGGGAAACACAACUUGGACAUCAUCACUCAACAUUCCAACUCCACUGCUGCUACCAAUGAGGUUCCUGAGGUGACUGUAUUUCCCAAAUCUCCCGUGGUACUGGGUCAGCCCAACAUCCUCAUCUGCCUUGUGGACAACAUCUUUCCUCCUGUGAUCAACAUCACAUGGCUGAGCAAUGGGCGGUCGGUGACAGAAGGUGUCUCUGAGACCAGCUUCCUGUCCAAGAGUGAUCACUCCUUCCUCAAAAUGGCUUACCUCACCUUCCUCCCUUCUGCGGAUGAUGUUUAUGACUGCAAAGUGGAGCACUGGGGCCUGGACGAGCCUCUUCUGAAACACUGGGAACCUGAGAUUCCAGCCCCCAUGUCAGAAGUGACGGAGACUGUGGUCUGUGCCCUGGGGUUGUCUGUGGGCCUCGUGGGCAUCAUAGUAGGCACCGUCUUCAUCAUCCAAGGCCUACGCUCAGCUGGUGCCUCCCGACACCCAGGGCCCUUGUGAGUCACACCUUGGAAGGAAAGACACAUCGAGCAUCUACAGAGCAGAAGAGUGGAUGUGCUAGGUCACCUAGCACUAUUUUCUGGCCCAAUUCAUCAUAUUAUUUUUCUCAUCUAAAUAUUCCUCUUCAUACCUUAUUGCCAGGUUUAAGAUAUUGUAUCCCCUCAGAUUUCUCAUAUGCCUUUGAAUUCUCUCCCUAAUCUCUUGAGUUCUUUUUUAAUUUCUCAAAUAUUACCAGUUACGGGAUCCAUAGGAUAGUCUACCCAACUAUAUGAUCCCUCAGUGACCUUAUUCUAGUUCUCUGUGGCGGCAAUAAAUCUUUUAUGAAUUCCCUAUUGAUAUUUUUCUAGCAUUCAUCUCAGGCUAACUAAGACCAUGGCAAAAAGGAGAGGCUCUUAUAUUUCAGGCCCAUUUUUUAAAUUAAUUUUUAUUAGUACAUGUUUACCAUACAAAAUGAUCACAUUCAUCAUCACAGGGAAUUUGUACCUGUAUAUAAUGUGUCUUAAUUCUUCUUUUUCCCCAUUCCUCCCCCCUCCUUUCAAUCCUUCAGGCCCACUUAUCUCUUCUUCAGAUCAUGUCUUAUGCCUUAUAAUAUAAGAGCAAUUGAGUGUAGCCUAAUAAUAUUUUGAUAUCUUAGGCAAAGUCGAUACUUCUCUCCUUUUGUUUUUCCAACUCUUGCUCACUGCUACCCAAUCAUCCUCUCACUCCCUAAUUAAGGCUUGUUACAGCAAAGAUACAAAAACUAACACUUCUUAUUUAAUAUUGCCUUUUUUUGGUACCGGGGAUUGAACUCAGGGCCUUGUGUUUGCGAGGCAGGCAGUGGAAUCACUGAGCUACAUUCCCAGCCCAAAUAUAUGUUGUUGCUUUUUUUUUGUAAUAUUGCCUUUAAGAGUUACAUCAGAGAAAGGAAUUCUGAAACUCUAAAGUAGCAAAAAUCAAAAUUUUGAUAUCAAAAGUCAAAAUUGUCAAUAAAACUUUAGAUUUCUGAAGAAUAAAUGACAGUAGGAGUUUUCCA